AUGGAUGAAGCACCUGUGUAUAUUCCUAAAAAACGUUUCAAUUUGAGGAAACUUCGUCUUGCUUUGAAAUACCGGCCGGUUAUUUUAAGAUUAAUACUUAAGCUGAGAUCCCGCAUCAAAGAAAAACAUCGUCAGCUAUUGAGGCUCAAACUUAGUGUCGAAGAUAUGGUAACUUCUGACUUCUACCAAGCAUACUUAAAAGCUACACAUGGUCCUGGUAAACUAGAUAUUACUCCAGAAAUUGGUGUCAACACUGAUGAAAUAUAUUCAAGGAAAAAUGAAGGUACAUUAGAAAACAAAAAAGAUAAAACAAAAAAAGUUAAGACCAAGAGUACUGGGACACAGACUGAAGAAGAAAAGACAAACACUAAAGAAAUAAACAAUAAAGCUGACAGAACACCAAAAAUAGAUGAAACUGAACAUAAAGUAAAAGAUUCUGGAUGGAGUCUAAAUGAUAAUAAAGAAACAAAAAGUAUAGCGGAGCAAGUUGCUGAAGUAGCUCAGGAUGCCUUGAAAGAAUCCGGGAUGGUGUAUGUAGAAUCAGCUGGAAUGUAUUAUGAUUAUAAGACUGGUUAUUAUUAUAAUUCGGAACUAGGCCUGUAUUAUCACACAGAUACACAAUGUUACUACUACUACUCGGAAGACAAGAAGUGCUUUGAGUUCCACUCGUAUCCUGAUAGGAGCGCCACUAAUGAGGCACUGAUAGCUCAUGAGAAGAAGAAGGCUAAAAAACAUAAAAUGGUGGGAGGAACUGAUGAUAUAGAUAACCUGACGAAAAACUUAGCUCAGGAUAAAGAAGCAGAAGAAAACGACACAAAGAACCCUAAAAGAAAGAAACAACUAAAGAAAAAGAAGAAAGAUGCUUCUGAGGAUAAAAAGACUGAUGAUUCGUCUCCGGAAGUAGUAGAAUUAAAGGUUUAUGCAGUAACUGAUGAGAAAGAAAACAAAGAAGAGAAGAUAGAAGAAUCAGUUACUAAAUUAGGUGAACCAGAAGAAAUGGAGGAUGGUGAAUGCAGUGAUACAAGUUCAAGCAGUUCUGAUGAUAAUGAUGAUGACGUCAAGUCUAAUGCUAGCACUUCUACAGCUACUGAUGAUGAAUCAGUAGCGAAGCAUCAUCCUCCAUGUAUGCGCGUGAUCGUACGCGAGACGAAGCUCCCGAAGCUGCGCGUCGGCAACUUGUUCAUCAUCACCAAAGAUGGCGGCACCGUCGGCAGGGAGGGGGAACAACACAUUAUACUGCUCAAAGAUCAUAAUGUGUCUAGGACCCAUUUGGAUAUAAAAUUCGACCCAUACCGCAACUUGUAUAAGAUGACAGACCUCGGCUCCAAAAACGGCACCAUCCUCAACGGGACUCGAAUGUCUGAGAGUCAAGUUAGAAGCGAGCCAAUGGAGGUUGUCCACGGCAGCACUAUACAGAUUGGUGAAACAAAGCUCCUGUGUCACAUACAUCCCGGGAACGACACGUGUGGACACUGCGAGCCCGGACUGCUUAUGGAAGCACUAGAAAAAGAGAAGAAAGUAGCGUACACGCGUACAUGCAGCGUACAGAAACAGCAUCAGUUAGAGUUGGCUCGUCUAAAGAACAAGUACGCGCCGAAACCGCCGCUAGCUAUUGAGGAGACUGCGUACAAUGACAGGGCGCAGGCACGGAGAGAAACUGUGGGCUCCUCACACCACUCUGAGAAGACACAGAGUACUGAUAUUAAUACGUCCAUAGCAGCAGAAAACAAAGGCUUCAAGUUAUUAGAGAAGAUGGGCUGGAAUAAGGGCGAGGGACUGGGCAAGGACAGCCAGGGAGAAACAGAACCGGUACCUCUAGUAUCAAACGAAGGAACAGCCGGUUUAGGGGCCGGGAGAGCUCCAUUCGCGCCAAUCGCGAAGAAUUCCCUAGGACCAGCCACCAUGCGCUUAGCGACUAGAACCAAAAUGCUAAACCCACCAGCUAAAGCAUUCCAAUCACCCAUAGAUGAUGAUGAAGACUCAGAGUGA